AUGUUACGUACUAAAUUUGGAACCAAAUAUGAUAAAAAUAAUAAAAGAUUUUCUUAUAACAUUUCUAAACCUUUAACACAAGAUUCUUCAGAAAUUUCUAUGACUCAGUUAGACCCUUCUGUUAUAUAUUCUUCAGAUGAACCAAUGGAAGAUUAUAUAGAAUCUAAUGAAGAUUCUUUUAACGAAGACAAUAUUAGUUAUGAUAAUAAACAUGCUAUAGAUUCUUCAGAAGAAUUAGAUGAAGAUAUAAAUUCUUGUGAAGAAUUUGUUUCCGAAACUUCCAGCAAUAGUAUUAGUUCUUGUGAUGAAUUAAGCAGUGAUAGUUUAUCAACAUCAGUUGAAAAUGAAUUUUUUGACGAUAUUGUUGACAAAGCUUUAGAUUCAGAUAAAUUGCCACAAAAUACUGGUGAUUUUUUACCAUAUUUUGAAAAUACAACUACUGCAUUAAU